AUGAUUACGGAAUUAUUGUCUUAUUAUUCUUUAUACAAGAAAAAGAAACGUAAGAGGAAGGCACCUGUAAACAUUGGAGAGCUUCAACAGCUACAGUAUCAUAAGAAGGUUAGGAAUUGCAUCGUUGCGAGCUAUCGACAAAUAUUGGAUUCUAGUUUAAUAACCGGUUAUUUUCUGGAAGGUGGAAAUAUGCGUAAUAAUACUGAAUCUUUCAACUCUGAGGGGGAGUUACAACAACAUACACUUUUACCAUCAGAGGGAUCUUCAUGCCUAUUAUCACAAUUAUGCAGCUUAUCGAAAAUUACUACUAAUGUUGACGAUUGCAAUCCUUUCUUAGUAACUGAGAAAAAUAUUUGCAAAAUUUCAAACCCGAAUUUUUAUGCGUUUAAUCGGCUAAUUAAGAAUACUCUCCUUCAGCCGAUUGCCAUUGAAGUAGCCGGUGGAAAAUACUUUGUACCGCCGAAAAGCAAAUUUGUAAUGUCAGAUAUUUCUUGUCUGGAUGCUUUACUGAAAGGCAAAUAUCAUUGGUUAACGACCGAUCAGUUACUUCAGUUACCCAUCACAGAAUUACUGGCCAGACAUGGACUUGUCGUGCUGACAACUGGCGGUGAAUUUGUAUAUGAUCUCGACUCUAGUCACAAGAAACCAUAUGAAAUUUUGCUGAUUGGGGUGAAAUCAGGGCUAUCUGAAGAUCUCCCAAGUGCAUGUAGUUCAGAGUUACCUGAAAGUAUUGCCGCUUUUCCUAAACAUAACGUUAUUUGCAGUAUCCCAUCAUUGGUUCAUUCACAUAAGCCUCCUCUUGAUGGUAUAUUCGCUCGUUUUAUCCGUGAACAACCUAACUGCUUGGAAAUGUUUGCUAGGAGUUUGAUUCCUCAUUGGACAAGUUGGGGAAAUGAGCAAAUGGAAAUUGCCAAACUCUAUCUGAUGCUAGAGUAUAGUCAAGGAAAAUUGACUGCAUAUCCUUGUGAAUUAUGGCGCAUUUAUUGGUAUUUGUAG